AUCUUUUUUUUUUUUUGGUUCCCUUUCCAUAAUUGUCUUUCCUACCAUUAUGAUUGUUUCCUUGAUUGAUAAAAACUCUUUGUUGAUUUUUUUUUUUUUUUCUUGUCUUUGAUUGUUUUCCCUGAUUUGCUUUUUGUAUUAUAUAUAUCCUUUGAUUUUUACUUCCUUUUCCUGUUGAUCUCGUUUCGUGCUCUCUUCCUUACCAUUCCUCUGAGUUUAUACUCUUCAAUCCUCUGGUUAACAAUGUCAACAACAAUGUCUUGGUCAGAGACAAGGUCACCACUGCCUUUGCUGUUUCGAAGGCGUUCAAGUGGGGAAGUCAAGAACUUAGCCUCAGUUUCUAGCAGUCUCUUACCUGCUUUUGGUACUGUGAUUGAUGGACAUUUGCAACUCAAGAAAUAUGUUAUUGCUCCCUAUGACAGAAGAUAUAGGUUAUGGCAGACAUUCCUGGUGGUACUGGUGGUGUACUCGGCGUGGGCUUCGCCUUUCGAGCUUGCUUUUAAGAAAGUAGCAACUGGGUCUCUCUUGCCUGUUGAUCUGACGGUGGAUGCUUUCUUUGCCAUUGAUAUAAUCUUGACUUUCUUUGUUGCUUACUUGGACAAGUCCACCUAUCUUUUAAUAGAUGAUCACAAGAAAAUUGCAAUCAGGUACCUCACAAGAAUAUGGUUCCCAAUGGAUGUAGCCUCUACCCUUCCGUUUCAGUUGAUAUACAGAAUUUUCACGGGCAACAAUCAUGAAGGGGAGGUAUUUGGCUUCCUCAAUAUGCUCCGUCUCUGGCGACUCAGGCGUGUUAGUCAAUUGUUUACGAGGCUUGAGAAAGACACACGCUUUAGCUACUUCUGGACAAGAUACAUCAAGCUAAUCUGUGUCACGCUAUUUGCAGUGCACACAGCAGGUUGCUUCUACUACUGGCUGGCCAUCCAUCAUAAAGCACAAGAAGAUACAUGGAUUGGAUCCCAAAUCCAUGAUUUCAAACACGAAAGCAUCUGGUUGGGAUACACCUAUUCCAUAUACUGGUCAAUUGUCACCCUCACCACUGUUGGUUAUGGUGAUUUGCAUGCUGUAAAUACAGGAGAGAAAGUCUUCAACAUGAUUUACAUGCUUUUCAACAUUGGACUCACUGCUUAUUUGAUCGGAAACAUGACAAACUUAAUCGUCCACAGCGCUGUUCGAACCUUUGCCAUGAGAGACGCCAUCAAUGAGAUACUGCGAUACGCAAGCAAGAACAGACUUCCAGAAGGCCUGAAGGAGCAAAUGCUAGCACACUUGCAACUCAAGUUCAAGACAGCAGAGUUAAAGCAAGAAGAAGUGCUAGAGGACCUGCCUAAAGCAAUAAGAUCCAGCAUUGCUCAUCAUCUUUUCCAUGGAACUGUUGAGAAAUCUUACCUGUUUAAAGGAGUCUCUGAAGACCUUGUUGCUCAAGUGGUAUCAGAAAUGAAAGCAGAAUAUUUUCCACCCAAGGUUGAUAUAAUCUUACAAAACGAGGUUCCAACAGAUUUCUACAUUUUGGUGUCUGGAGCAGUGGACGUUCUGGUAUACAAGAAUGGUACAGAGCAGCUUUUGUCAAAACAAGGAGCUUCAGAAUUGGCAGGAGAAAUUGCGGUACUUUUCAAUAUCCCACAACCUUUUACAGUGAGAACUAAGAGGCUUUCUCAGGUUAUUCGGAUGAGUCAUCAGCAGUUCAAACAAAUAAUGCAACCAUAUAGUGAAGAUGGGAAGAUUUUGAUCUCCAACUUCAUUGAGUAUGUAAGAGGCUUGAAAAAAGAGAUGCUAGAAGAGAUACCCUUUUUAUCAGAAUUGCUUGGUGACCAGAAUAUACAGCAUGAAGAAUCCAAUGAAGACCAACAUCAUCAUGAAACAACAAGUUAUCAUCGAGAUGCAAAUAUAGAAGGAAUAGACAACAAUUCCGAUCCAUUGCCAACCACACUUCCUGUCAGAGUGAUAAUCCAUGGACAUGAUCCAAAUAAGAAUACAACAGAAGUUGAUCAGACAGGGAAACUUGUACAUUUGCCCAAUUCAAUAGAAGACCUUUUCAUAUUAGCAGAGAAAAAGUUUGGCAAAAGAGGAAGCAAAAUUCUCAUGUCCGAUUGCUCGCAGGUGGAAGAAUUGAAUGCAUUGAGAGAGAAAGACCAUCUCUUUAUCUUUUGAAAAAAAUUAACAUGAUAUUUCACAAAAAUAUCAAGAGGCACAAUCCAUUUCAAGAAUUCUAAUAUUUUAUCAACUUCAACCAUCUUGUAUUCUCUUUGGUGUUAAUGCAAUUAAAUGACGAGAGUAUGGAGUUUACAAGUAUCUACUCUCCAUUGUUGAGCAUGUUUAAUGCAGCGUAAGCAGCUUUUUGAAA